CCUGAUUGGCUGUCAGGUCAGUCAUGUGAACGGGGCGUGGUUUCGGCUGAAGCGCGGUGGCUGGCGCGUGGCGGCUUGUCUUUAAUGGUCUCUAGUUAAUUUAUCAAUUUUAACUAUUUUAGAUGUGGAUGUCCACACGUCUAGUAGCAGCAGCCAGAUGUCCCCCUCCCUGCAGAUGUCCAAUGGCUUCAUCUUACCUGAGGGCAAACUGACCCCCCACGCCCUCUUUGUUGGUGGGAUUAACAUGAAGGUGCAUGUAAAUGAAUUGCAGAACUUCUUUGCCAGAUAUGGCUCCGUCAAAGAAGUUAAGAUUAUCACCUACCGAGGGAUCAGCAAGGGGUAUGGGUUUGUAUACUUCGAUGACGAUGUGAAUAUCCAGUCAAUCAUUGAGCAAACGAUCGUUUUUGAUGGCCGGGAGCUCAAGCUCGGCCCAGCCAUCAUGAAGGAAAGGAGCUCACGGUCCAUGCCAUCGCGUAUGAUUUGCCCAGCUCCUUGGAGGAUCUCCAUUCAGUCUCUCUACUGUGUUUGCUGUUCACCCGGGGGAGCUUGUGUGGCACAACCCUUGCCCAUCCUUAAUGGAGAGAGCCCUUACAACCAGCCGUACUUGUACUCCAAAUCCAACUCUGGAGGGGUCAUGGUGCCACAGAUGCCAAUGAACUUCGCACAGAAUGCCUAUGCUUACCAGGCUCCUCCUCAGUGGACAGCGGCGCAGAGGACACGGCCUGUCGAUCAGAACUGUGCAGACUAUGGAGUCCAGACCAGGCUGAAUGUGCUGUAGUCCAAAGCUACUGACAUCCCACCAGAAACGACUUCUCCUGAUUGGGUUUGUAAUUGAAGGAGGGAACCAUGAUUUACCUGUGAUGUGGUUUUCCGCCCCUCUGGUCUCCUGGAUACAGGCUGCAGUGAGUCAGGAUGCAGACAGGAUGACAUCUUGAGGUUACAACAGCCAGAAGAAACCCAACUGCCCUCUUCCUCCUCCUGAUCCCCCCUCUUUCUUUUCUUUCAACUUUUUUGAGACCCUUUUGUGCUGGUUUCAUGUGGUCAAACCGCUAUUAACCCACAUGUAUUACAGUAGCAGACACACAGGAAGACCAAAGCACCCUCACUGACCAGCUGAUUUACAGGCUCACAUCUUUCAUUUUUGUGUCUUUUUCUUUCUCCCAGAAAAAAAGGGAAAGGACUUUUAAGCUCACCCUUUGUGCCUAUUUCUUUUUUAUAUUUAAUUUAUUUUGAAAUUAAUCUAAAUGUUUGUUUGGGCUCUUUUAGUAUCUGCAAAGGCUCUCUGUUCAUACAAGGUACUUUUAGAACAUGGAACAAUGUCGAAACAGCAAUCUGUUUUUUAGCGCUGAAGAAGAGUUCUUCUUUAACUCCUGUUUGGGCUUAUUGCUCCUCUGAGAAAUUCAUUAACUUGUCCACUACAGCAAGAGAAACACUUGGUCAUUACAUUUAUUUCAAACACUCAUUUAUUUUGUGCCGGUCUUUCGUUUAAUUGGGUGUUGAUUGAGGCAGUAAAUGGACGAGCCUCUUCAGUAUCAGUGUUUUCUCAUCUCAGUUUAACAAGAGGCUUUCUGAGGUAGAGUUUUCCUGUGGGUUUUUUUCACACACUGAUCGUCUCUGUGCUGUGUGACCGAAGUGAUUGGCAAGGGGUUCACACUCAAGGACAAACACUGUAUUAAUUUCUUUUCCCAUGACUCAAUCAAUUAUUUUUGCAAAUGAAGGGCGUGGUGGAAAGUGAAGUUCUCUGUUUGGUAAAAAUGUUCACUGUAUAUGGUUCACUUUAAACAAGUUAUUUCUUUUAGGGGCUUUAUAAAGUAACUGGUGAUCUUAGACUUCAUAUUUUACUGAUAUUUAAUGACUGGAAAUAAUAAUUUUAUCCCUAUUAUUUUCUUUGUGCGCACUCUUUGUUUUAUUUCUACACUUGGAUUCUUAAAAUAAGGACACUUGUGUGGUUUGAAGCACACAAUUGGUAUAUAUCACAGAUUUUUUUUCCUUUGACCUACUUUUGUUGUAGUUCUGUUUGGGCAUUAAUCUUGGGGUCUCCAGUGUGCAGAAAUCUGAUUGUAUUGAUUGAAUUAUUUUGCUCAGAGAGCCUGGGUACUGCACUGUCUCCUUUGUUGAUGUUCAGGUUUUGCCAGGUUUGUUUAAAAAGAAAUAAAAGUUGAAAAUGUAAUUACCAUUUAAA